UCUUUCUGUCCUAGGGUCAGCAUGGAGGAGGCUGACCUUCUUAGGGAGAGAUUACAGGCCAUUACAGACAAAAGAAGAGUCCAGGAGGACAUUGCAAAGAAAAGGAGAGAAAUUGAAGAGGAGAAAUUAAAUCUUCAAUAUCUGAAGAAAAAAUCCCUUCGGGAACAAUGGCUGAUGGAUGGUCUGAGUCCUCAGAGUGAGGAGGAACUGGAGGCAAUGAGAACCCAGGCUCAAGACGAUCAAGAACAAACCAGGCUCCUGCAGCGCAACAUCGAAAGAAUAGAGAGGGAGAUUAAAGCCCUGGAGACACAGGAGAUGGAGAUCUCAUCAAACGAGGUGCUCAUUCUGAAACGGCUCAAAGAAGUAGAGAAAACACCAGAGGAUAUUAUAAAGCGAGUUACAACUGAGUCGAAAGAGGUGGAGGGGAAAGAGGUGAACGAAGGUUGCUUUCACACUCAGAGUCAAGCGCAAACAGAGCUGAAGUCCCUAUCUGAGCCAGUAACCAUGGAAACCAGUGAACAGUCUGACAAAGCAAACAUAAUUGACUAUGAAACAGAGCUGCAGGAAACUGAAUUACCUGAGAACAAUGACUCAAACAACGAAGAGGAAGUCUGUUACGACACUGAAUUAUUAGAAUCCGUCAGUUCUAAAGUAGUGGCUGACAUUUUAGCAGAUUUACCAUCAAAUGUAAGUGCUGUUGAUGAAGAAGACAAUUCUCCCUGUCCAAAGGAAGCCCUGGUCUUGGAAGAAACAAAUGAGCAAUUCAAUCGGAACGAGUCCAUCACAUCCUCAAACUCUGACACACCCUCCAGCGCAGAAAGUGUUUACGAAAAUGAGUCUAUGCGAAAAAGUCAAGAUCCACUACAAGAGGAAGAAGAGCCAGAGAACAUUUUACCCAUAAAUGGGGAAGCUGAAGAGGAAGAAAUUUUCGAUCCAUUAAAGCCAGUGUCUGGUGAUGCCAUCGUAGAGAACCUUGGCUAUGACGAAGCAGAUGAAACCAUGUUGGAACACUAUAUCCGGGAGGAAGCCCUGUCAGAUAUCUCUACUGAAUCUUGCCACGAUCCUGAAGAACUGGAAGAAUGUCUGAGGGUGGAAAUAGCUGCGGCGUCCUCUGACAGUGAAACAGAUGAGAAAUGGAGGAAUAUAUUCUCUUCGUCUAUUAAUAAGGAGGAUGACGAUUCUUAUUUGGAUAGCCUUGAGCUUAGUGCACAGGAACUCUUCAUAAAGAAGCCAGAGACAGACACGGUAGAAGAUCCUUCAGAUAAUGAGAGAGAAAGUGAACUGGAUGUCCCUGUUAGUGAAGAAAUUUUAGAACAGCCCGAAUCCGAUACAGAUUACAAAUACCACACACAAGAGAUAUCCUACAACCCCUCGUCUCCCUUCCAUGGCCUGUCGAAAAUCUCGGAGGAUGAGGAGGAAAAUGGCAAAGGAUCAAAAACCAGCCUAAAUUCGUCAUCCAGUUCCAUUAAGACAGACUCGAACAAGAAGGUACCAAAAGAUUACUGUGUGAUCCAAGAGAUGAAGAGUGAGAAUGUCAGUACAGAACAUGUGGAUUUCAGAGUAGCCCGUAAACAGUGGCUGGAGAUGGAAGAACAGACAAAAAACGUGGCACAUUUACCCAUCAGCAAACCAGGAACCUGCCAAGGUAGUCACAGUGUUAUGUAUACACCAGUGCGCAACAUCGACAGAACUAAGAGGCAACCAGACCUGGAGAAUUUGGCACUUGGAGGAGAAUACCAUCACUCCCAGUUCAGCCCAUGCUCAGAAGACUCAGGGCUGGAUGACUCCAGUUACAGAUCCCCUUUUGAUGAUCCAGAAACUCCAAUCGAGAAAGAGAUCCGUCUGGCCAUGGAACGAGAGGAGAGCCUAAGGCGCGAAAGGGGGAUGUCCAAAUCUAAUUCAAGUGACUCUGUAGAGGUAAAAGCUAGACCAGUGAUACUACACCCUGCAAAACUAUGCCAGGAAGUUGAAGAGAAGAGAAAGAUGUUUGAGCAGCAGGAGGACAACUGUAGAAUACCUAAAUCACCGAACAACAAGACACCAUCUUUCAUUAUCACCUCCUCACCAACAAAGACCCCCCAGAAGCACGAGAUGGCAGCAAACAACAUUAUCAUCCUUGAACCUGAUCCUCCCAGCCCAAGACGUGGUGGUAAAGAAAUGGGAGCCUCUCGUUGUUCUGAGUGGAAGUCAGAGGAGACUCCAAAUGUCAUUAUCCUCGAGACAUCAAACCUGAUCAUCCGAAGUGCGUCUGAAUUCUGCCUGAAUUCUGCCUGUGAGGAUACCCAGGAGAAAACAUUUCUCAACAACCCGUUCUUCAAGCUGCGAUCCAGGAGUACCCUGUCACUUGUCGACGAGGAGAUCAAGAUGGUUAAACAACGUGAAGAGGAACUGAAAAAGCAAAGGGCCAGUAUCUAUUCAAAGGAAAGGUUCAACACAAUCCUCGUCUCUCCCAAUCAUCUAGACAGUUUAACUUUUGACAAGACAGAUGACCUGCCUGUAAAGUGUAAGUCUUCUCCCUCAUCACCUAUGAAGAGUGCGUACAAGAUGGAUCGCACAACACUAUCCUGUGAUCAAAGGUUUCCAGAGACGUAUACCAGAGGCCGUCGUAAAAGCGCCAUGGCUCUUCGCUGGGAGGCUGGGGAGUUUGCAAAUAAUGAAUAAUUCAAAACCAAGUGGAUAUUGAUUGUCAUUCUUCUGGUCUGUUUUACGUAACAGACUCUCAAAAGUGCUACAAUUUCAUGUUUCAUGUAACAGCAUAGCAACGUUUAAUAUUGCUGCUUGUGUGAUUUUCUUGACUCUUGGUGUGUGUAUUGCCGAAGCAGAAAAUAGAGUCGCGUGUAAAGCCAAGACGCCUGAUUGUUAUUUGAAUGUACAGUUUAGUCAGCAUCUCUUGUUUGCUGUGAAUGUUCCAGGAGGAUUUAAGUACACUUUAUUGUAUUGUCUUGGUAAAGGAGGGAGGAAAAUAAAUGUUGUAUUUUCAUAUUGUAUUUUCUGCCAGGAAAGGUUUGUAAUGUUCCAGAGUAAUGCUAAAUUUAUAAUGCAGCACGACACUGUUUAAAUUAUUCAGAAAAUAUUGGUAAAGACUAUGAAGAAAAGGUAUUUAAAUGCCUUUUAUUAUAUCUACCACUUUCAGUUUGAGAUAUUUUAUAUAGUGUACUUAACCAAGUAAGUGCACCUUUCAAUAUUUUGUAUAAUAUGGCCACUUACUAACAACAACAUGAUCACCAUCGAACAGGAGGGGCAGCUAUUAAGUACGCCACAAAUACUGCUUUACAAUUUGUUGUCUUUAGAAUAUGUUUGUAUGCUUACAUGUGAAGCUAUUUUGCUCAUAACACUCAUCAGUAUUGCUUGCUAACAUUUGAAUUAAUGUGAGCCACACACAAAAGAGAAGCUGAUGAAUUGCCUCCUAUCAAAAAAACCCCAAAAAAAACAAAACACAUUUGAAUUUAUUUGCAUUUUCAAACCAAGUGUUUGACAAAUCAG